GCAGGGAGCUCUCUGCGGGCGCAGUGCUGAUCCGCCGGCGGGCGGCCGGGAAUGCGAAGCGAUGGCCGCGGGCGGCUCGGGCAGCGGCGGCGGCGGCAGCGCGGAGGAGAAGACCUACCGCCGCUUCCUCGAGCUGUUCCUGGGCGAGUUCCGCGGGCCCUUCGGGGCAGAGCCGGAGCCCGAGCCCGAGCCCGAGCCGGAGCCCGAGCCGGAGCCGGAGGCGGCUGCCCCCCCUCCCGCUGCCGAAGCAGCGGGCGACGCUGACGAGGAGCCCGGGGCAGAGGGAGAAGCGGGAGCGGCCGCCGAGGCGGAGGAGGGAGAAGGCGGCGAGGGCGAUGCCGGCGACCCUCAGCCGCCCGCCCCGCCGCCGCCGCCCCCGCCGCUGCCCUCGCUGCCCCGGCCGCUCUCGGAGUACAUCACGGAGGAGGAGGUGGAGGGCGAGUGCCUGGACCUCUGCCUGCAGCAGCUCUACAAGUAUAAUUGCCCUUCAUUCCUGGCCUCUGCUUUAGCCAGAGCAACUUCAGAUGAAGUCCUGCAGAGCGACCUCUCGGCACAUUUCCUGCCCAAGCACAUGGACAGCGCCGACGGCAUCAUCCAGAUCGAGACGGUGAAGUUGGCCCGCUUAGUUUACAGCAAACUGCACGAGAUCUGCAGCAACUGGGUGAAAGAUUUCCCCCUGCAGCCCAAGCCCCACCGCUACUACGAGACCUCCAUCCACGCCAUCAAGAACAUGCGUAGGAAGAUGGAGGACAAGCACGUCUGCAUCCCUGACUUCAACAUGCUCUUCAACCUCGAGGACCAAGAAGAACAAGCUUAUUUUGCAGUGUUUGAUGGUCAUGGAGGAGUGGAUGCUGCCAUCUAUGCCUCCAUCCACCUGCACGUGAACAUGGUCCACCAGGAGAUGUUCCAGCACGACCCGGCCGAGGCUCUGUGCCGAGCCUUCCGCGUCACCGACGAGCGCUUCGUGCAGAAGGCAGCCAGGGAGAGUCUGCGCUGUGGAACCACCGGGGUGGUGACUUUCAUCCGAGGGAACAUGCUGCAUGUGGCUUGGCUGGGGGACUCCCAGGUCAUGCUUGUGAGGAGAGGCCAAGCUGUGGAACUGAUGAAACCCCACAAACCAGAUCGAGAGGAUGAGAAGAAGCGAAUCGAGGCCCUGGGUGGCUGCGUGGUCUGGUUUGGAGCCUGGAGGGUGAAUGGGAGCCUCUCUGUCUCCAGAGCUAUUGGAGAUGCUGAGCACAAGCCAUACAUCUGUGGGGACGCAGACUCUGCCUCCACGGUGCUGGAUGGCUCUGAAGACUACCUCAUUCUGGCCUGUGAUGGCUUCUAUGACACAGUCAACCCCGAUGAGGCAGUCAAAGUGGUGGCUGACCAUCUGAAGGAGAAUAACGGUGACAGCAGCAUGGUAGCACACAAAUUGGUGGCAUCUGCUCGGGAUGCCGGCUCCAGCGACAACAUCACCGUCAUUGUGGUGUUUCUCAGGGACAUGAACGCGGCGGUCGCGGUCAGCGAGGAGUCGGACUGGACAGAGAACUCUUUCCAAGGUGGCCAAGAAGACAACGGGGAAGACAAGGAGAACCAUGGAGACUGCAAACGGCCGUGGCCCCAGCACCAGUGCUCAGCACCUGCAGAUUUAGGCUAUGAAGGACGAGUGGACUCCUUCACCGACAGAACUAGCUUAAGCAUAGGCUCCAGCGUUAACCCCUUGGAUGAUCAAGGCUAUUUAGACCUGACAAAAACAGAAACUAGUACACCUCAGAGUGCCAAAUGUCUGCCACCAGUCCAAGUGUUUAGUCCUGGCAUACCAAAGAGUGCGGGUGCCAUCAGCAGCUCCCCGGUGAAGAGCGAGGCCCCGGAGCCCGGCGCGCCCUGGGGCUGCGGGGGGAACCAUCGCAGGGAGGACGCCCCUCUGAGCCCGGGGGCUGCAGGGCAGGGCAUCUACAGGGUCAGGGGCUCAGCCCCCAUCUCCCUCGGGCUGGAAGAUGAACUGUUCAGAUCCUUGGGAAAACGAGCUGCGUUCCCUCAUUUGCGGCUCUGCAACGGGAAGAGGCGGCGAGGAGCCAGGCUCAAACCAAAGUUUCACACGCCGCUCUGGGCUCAGGAGCCUUCCCAGGGAGAAGGAUCCGGCCUGCCCUUCCCUGCCCGGGGCCGCAGGAGCAGGAGGGCGCUGGCCCGACCCUCCCCGUGGCGGUGGCUGCCCAGCCACGGCUCUUACAGCGAGUGCUCGAUGCGAAGACAAAGUCAUUGUAUACCAGACCCACACCUCCAUCAAUGCUGUAAAAUGUAACCACCCCCUCGUGUUCCCCUGUCAGACUCCCAAAGUAGACAUUCCCAAAAUAAAACUGGCAUCAUCAGAAAGCGAGAAAAAAAAAUUAAAAAAAAAAAAAAAGAAAGAGGUGGGCAUUUCCGAACUGUACUCCAGUCCCCUGCCAAGCUGAACCCCUGUGUAAAUAGAACUAGGAAUUAAGCAAUGUAGUUGUUUGGAUCUCUGACGAAGUUCGGUGGUGGUGCCACCCCCAGCAACGCCGCAGCGCCCACCCGCACACACACACACGAGUGUCCAGCCACAUCAGCAGGAGAGCCCAGCGCUGCCCGCGGGCAGCCGCGCCAGGGCACGCUCCUCAAACACGCAGAAGGUUGCACCUGCCUGAGAAAUGUCUGUGGAGCAAUACUCAAGGAACGAUCUGGGUUAGAACUGCCAAAUUUUUUUUUUAGAGCGGGGGGAAGUUUCCGUAGAGUCGAGGUGUGGGGGUUUUUUUGGGUUUUUGUUUUUCUUUUCGUGUUCUGCUUUCUGUUUAUUCCAGGUGAGCGUUAAGAUGAAUUAGAAAAUUACAUCCACUUUUGCAGGUAGACGACUAAAAGCCAUACAGGGUUUACCAGGUACCUUAGGAAUGGACACACUAAGCUCCUGCUGCUCUGGUCUCAGACUCCCAUCGAGGUACAGAUUCAUCAUUUACCUUUAUUUUUUUUCCAUGUAAUAUAAAAUGCAGAGUAUGAAGAACAAACUUUUCUUGCAGUUUAAAAAAAAAAAAUAUUUCCUGUGGCUGGAGGUGCAGUGUAGAGAAUUUCGUAUCUUUCUGGUGCUUUUAGUGGCAUUUUUCUCAUUUCUCAGUUUAGGAAAUUGUUCUCAAUGAGUUGAACAUGACUGUGCUUAAUGCUUUGAGCCAACCUCUUCCCACCUUAACUUCAUCUCAGGUCUUAAAAGAACCCAACCCGUGGAGGUGUCCAGUCCCACCCUCUGUCCCCGCGGAGAUCAGGAGCUGUUGGAUGAGCUGUGUGGUUCUGGUGAGGAUUCCCAGGUGGCAAAGGCAGCAUUUCACAGCCAGUGGCAGCAGGAAGGACGCACCCGGCUGUGUGUUCAGGGUGUGGAGGGAUGGGUGAUGCCGGAGCAGCCCAGAGGGGAUGGAGAUGCCGAGGAUGCAGCAGAGCAGGGCUGGGGCUCCAGCAGAGAGGAGGAACUCAGCGCCCGGCUGGGCUCUGCUCCGGGUCCAGGAGGGCCAGGGAGGAACCCAGCUGCCCUUCUUUGCUUGAGCAGCGGCCACCAGCCCCUCCCCGCUCCCGAGGGGAGGUCACACCCGCAGGGGAGCCACUAAUUGGGACCUAAAGAAGCGGCCGAUUCCCAUCAGCUCCACCAAGUCCAGAGCCCGUUCCUACCCUCUGCUACAGCGAUGCACUGGGAGGAGUAUGAACAAAAUAAGUCUUCAUAGGCACUUAGUGAACAAUUCAUAUCAUUUUAGCAGUAACAAUAGCAGUAUUAGUGUUUAGCUAGAAUUUGCAAGUAUUUUAAUAUUAAGUAAUCAAGAAAAUUAUUCAACAUGACAAGAUGGCGAGGCUUGAAUUCUGCCAAUUUCUGCUGCUUCUCUCUUUGAUGCACUAUUUUAAAAGCAAUCUGAUGAACAGCAAAAGGCUUUGUGAGCAACCAGGAGUUGGAGUGUGGCUUUAGAUUCCUUUGAUCUUUUUCAGACUUUGUUUUAAUCUUACGGGAUCAUUGGCUCUUAUCUGCCAUCUUAUUCUGCCUUAGCUGUUGUCAACGUUCUCUUUAGCUGCAGCUUCUGUUCCAAGUCAGAUUUACCGAGGAAAUUUGAGAAACCAUGAAAUGGUAAAAUAUGCAACUCUGGGGCAUCUCUGCGGUGCCUUUGUUUUAAAUUAUUCACAGUAAUAAUGACUCACUGAAAGUCCAUCUUUAGCUGUCAUGUUCUGGAGAGAAAGGUGGUGUAAGUGCAAUUCUUGAUGUGAGUAAAUUAGAAUGCAAACCCGUCACGGAUGAUAAAACUUCUUCCCAGUCUGCAGGAGCAGUUGAAGAGCACUGGACUGCAUGUGUGCUGUUUUGGGAAGGAUCUAGCUUUUUUAGGUGUGGAUUCAUAAAUGGUAAUUCUGCGACUCAUCCCAUUUAUCUUGCUAGGAGAAAAAAAAAAAUCCACCAUCGUAGUUGCAGUGUGGUCAGGUAAAACCAUUGUAUAGAUAGAGCAAGUGUUCAUUUCUUCACUAACUGCAUAUUUAUAGAGUAGAUAGGAACCAUUUGUAAGGUAAGUCCUUUAAAGUUCUAUAAUAUUAAAAGUAGUGGUUAUUGGUCUGAUUAUGCUGCUCUUGAUUCUACACACUAGACAAAAAAGCAGUGCUUGUGAAAUGCAGUGUUUUCUCUUAAUGCCACUGGUGAUAGGAAGUAGUUCCUUCAGUUCAAACUCCUGUGCCCUUAUCUGCUGCUUGCUGACGUAAGCAAUAAUCCCUCUCUAACGGUAUCUAAGUGUUCUGUAUCUCGUACCUUGAUCGUCUAUCUGGUGACAGUGUAAAAUAUUAGGCUAAUAGAGAAGUAUCUCAUUGUAUUUAUUAACUGUUGAUACUGAGAUUUAGUCUGUGACCUGUGUUUUGUAUUUUUAUCGUGUAUCUUAGUGGUGGUGAAAAUUUGUACAACGAAUCUUUCCAAUAAAGAGCUGAAGUAUCCCUCAUCCGCGUUCACACGACCCCGCAUCCCUCUCGGUCGAC